UCUCUGAUCUGACACCAAAUGGCGAUCUUCGAGUGGCGGCGGCAGAGAAGACGGCCACUCGACGGCGGAGGAACUCGGCGCCGUCUUCCUAUCUUCAGGCCAUUGUACUCGAGAAAACUCAAGAGAAUGAUUCUAUUCGCAGUGGUCUUCUUAGCAAUCGUCCCUCCUCUCUUCUUCCACUUCAAGCUCCGACGAAUUCGCCAGAACGUCGCGAAGAAGUGCGAUUGGCUCCAGCAUCCUCCACGUGUCUGUGCUCACGGCGGCGAUUCAACCUUAGCUUUCCCCAACACUAUGGAUGCUUAUAGUUACGCGAUUGGUUCUCGUGUUGAUUGCAUUGAGGUUGAUGUUUCUCGUUCCUCCGAUGGUGUUCUAUUCGCUCUCCACAACAGGGAUCUGCAGCGUAUAGCUCGUAACUCUUCUGUACAAGUCGGAGAUCUGAGUAUGAAACAGAUCAAGGAACUCGAUGUCUCACAGAUUGUUAAAGGGACCUUGGAUAAUCGUAGGAUUCCUACGCUUGAAGAUGCUUUAGCGGCGAUUUCAACUUCAGUCCGGCAAGUGAUUCUUGAUGCUAAAGUCGGACCCCCAAUGUAUGAAAAGGGACUCGCACUAGACAUCCUUUCUGUUAUUGAGAGAGCGCAGUGCAAGAAUUGCAUCGUAUGGGCCAAAAGCGACAGUUUGGCUAGAGACCUAAUCAAACGAGCACCAGAUCUUACAGUGGGAUACAUUGUGAUGGUGGAUCCUUUGACUGGAGUGAGAAGCAAACUACUGAGAAUGAAGGGAGCUAGUGUUGUUGGAGUCUAUCAUCCCUUGAUCGAUGAAAACUUGAUCACAGUUGUGCAUCGGAGAAAGAAAGAGGUUUACGCAUGGACUGUAGAUGAGACUGAUCCAAUGAAACGGAUGCUUCACUUAGGCGUGGAUGCAGUUGUUACGAGCAAUCCAGCUAUGUUUCAGGGUCUCAUGGAAGAUCUCAGAACUGAGUGUCUUGAAGAAGGCUUUUCAAUACGGACAUGAUAAAAUUUCUGGCUCGAGAACUGAUAUUGGAAUCACCGUUAGGCUUCAAGUUCCAUGUCUCAGUUUGACAUCAACUUAUAGCAUUUUUAUUACAAUUUUCGUAAAACUAGAGCAUUCUUAAAGACUACAUAUAGUAUGAUUAAGAAACUCACA